AUGAUUUCAGACUCCCUGAUCUCCGACUUGUCGUCCGUUUCUCAUCGAAAACCGGACUAUGCUCGUCGGUGCAUCCUUGUACUGCUCAUUCACGCCGUCUUCAUACUUGCCGUCUUUCUCUCCUUCCUUAUCGGUCAUUGGCUUUCCGAGCAAAAUACGACUUCGAAUACAACAGAAAAUGAGUUGAUCUACAUCAUAACCUCUCCGCCUUCCACUACUAACCAACAGUACCAAGGUGAUGACACUGUCACUCUACUGACAACUUCGGAACGCCCAACACUAACCCACCUAACCUUAACCACCUUAACGCCACACGCUCGCCUGAUUCCGCUCCAACCGCGCCGAAACUUCACUUUGAUGGACGUCCAACCGCCUGUUUAUGAGUCGUACGAGUUCAUGGAAGAGUUACAUGCGCGCCAAGGGAAAAGCAAGCAGGAUGUCCUAUUGGUACCAUUGCCCACACACACUCUACCUCUUCAUUACGAUCUUCACCUGGAUUUGACCAAAUUUAAUCAGAAGAUGGUACGUGGAAGUUUGACGGUGCACCUGGAGUCUUUCGGGAAUUCCACCGACGACGAAAUUCUCUUCCAUGUUGGUCCACGAGUGAACAUCGACAGGAUUCGCUUGAGAAAAGAAGGUGUCAUUACAUUCGAAAGUUGCUCAUUGCUGAUCCCAACAAUUCAAGAUUCAGGGAAAAGAGUCUACCCGAAAACUCUGAGAAGGGAAGAUCAGAAGAAACUGGCUCGUAUUGUUCUCAAGGAGCGAUUGAAGAGGGGAAGGUAUAUGUUAGAGAUUGAAUACAAUAUAACAAUAUGUGAUCAGGAAGGAGGUGUGCACUGCUACUAUGAAAUGGACUCGGAUAGCAACUCUUCGGUGGUGUCGUCAUUCACCACGAAGUUUGAGCCCACAAUGGCAAGAUCGUUCCUACCCUGCUGGGAUGACCCUGGAAUCAAGGUGAGUCUCAAGUUCAAAUCACAGUAG